UAUGGAGGAUGAUGAACUUCCGUCAGCGGAUGGGAUGGGUGGGCGUGGCCGCCUACCUGCUGCUCAGCGUCAUGGCGGUGUACUAUAUCUUUGAGGUUCAUACUUUCAGUUUGGAGCACGUGCAGAGAGGUCGGUCUGGCCCAUCGGCUCCGCCCCUCGCCAUCAGCUGGCCUCAGAGCAUCAGCGCUCGCCUGCCUCCACUUCCUGUCUGGAUGUGGGCGUCGGUCUUUCUGCUGCCGUACCUGCAGCUCUUCCUCUUCCUGUUCUCCUGCACGAGGGCCGACCCUCGCGCUGUCGGUUACUGCGUACUUCCGGUCUGCCUCGCACUGCUCUGCUGUCGCCACGCCGCCAGGAAACCAGCCAAUCAGAGAGGGCCGCCGCUCAUCGAUACGUAGAAAGAAAGACUGGUCAGAGAAGCUCGCCGCUCAUUGCCAUGUACAAAUGAAGACGUCAUCGACACGUAUAGACGACGACCAAUCAGAGACUCACUGUGUAUUAACAUGUAAAGGGGCGGGGCUACGCCUGGAGGAGCCUGAAACAAACUGACCUGUUUGUGUUGAUGUUUGUGAUGUCACUUCCUGUGUGCCUUUGAAACAAACACACGUGUUGUGUAAACCGUCGUCUGUGUCUGUCAGGGGAGUCUACAGUCCGCCCUGAGUGUCGACUGUCAGGAUCAAGGUACUUUCUACAGACUGUCAAUCAUUCUCACCACAGAGAAUCCUGUGCUGUGAUUGGCUGGAAGCCCCCCCUGCUGUGUGUGUGUGUGUGUGUGUGUGUGCGUGCGUGCGUGAGUGUUUGUUUGUUUGUUUGUGUGUGUGUUUAACACACAGCAUCAAAACUGUUGAAUCUGAAGCACUGAACAAACUGUUUAUAAGAUGAGUCAAUGACAAACACUGGUUACCAUGGUAACCUUUUAAAAGAUCAAUAAAUAAACUUAUAUAAACAUG